UCCAUUACGGUGAUAUUUUGUUCCAUUACAAACAGAUGACAUUCAUACUGUAAGUAAAGUUAUUGGACAGCUUUCAAAAAUGAUUUGGGAUAUUAAUUUAAUAAUGCUGUUUUUUGCAGUUGGAGACGUUCUGCUGGUUUCGACAGAACUGCAUACAGCUAUACUUCAAAUUACGAAAACAUCUGUAAUGGAAGGGGAGAUCAUUGAGUUCAAAUGUGUGAUAGCAGAUGUGCACAGAGGACAGCCAAACAAGGAGAGGAAUUGGUUCCAUUUAUAUAAAAACAGAGAGAAGGUCAGCUCACUGCCGGAUUCCGGAAUGGGAGCUAUCACAUUUAUAAAAGACGACAUCAGAAUGAAUUACACUGGAAACUAUACCUGCAUGUAUGGAAAUCAGAAUCCAGGAGAUGUGAAAAAUAUCAACCAUGGUCUUCCGAUUUACCUGAAUGUACAAGAGACACGGUAUUCACUCGUGCUUCAGCUAGACAAACAGAGUGUGAUGGAAGGAAUGGACGUAUCAUUUAAAUGUAUGAUACCAGUGGAACUCAGAGAUACAGAACAGAAAGAUGGGUCUUUCCAUCUAUAUAAAGAUGGAAGCCUUGUCGAUUCACAACCCGUUCCCAAAAGCUUACCAGGUGUCACUUUUUCCAUUAAAAAAGUGAGUAGGAGUGAUGCUGGAAACUACACCUGUGUGUAUGGAAAAGAGACAAUUGUAAACUCAGCAAACAACAAACUCAGUCGUCCAGUCUACCUUGAUGUGACAGAGACACAGUAUUCACUCGUGCUUGACAAACAGAGUGUGAUGGAAGGAAUGGAAGUAUCAUUUAAAUGUAUGAUACCAGUGGAACUCAUAGAUACAGAACAGAAAGAUGGGUCUUUCCAUCUAUAUAAAGAUGGAAGCCUUGUCAAUUCACAACCCGUUCCCAAAAGCUUACCAAGUGCCACGUUUUCCAUUAAAAAAGUGAGUAGGCAGGAUACUGGAAACUACACCUGUGUGUAUGGAAAAGAGACGAUUGUAAACUCAGCAAACAACAAACACAGUCGCCCAGUCUCCCUUGAUGUGACAGAAUGCUUGACAUGUCCAACCACAAUUGCCAAGAUCCAACAAAACAGUUCAACAGGAUCUGUUCUAGCUCUGUACGUGGGUUUAGGAGUGGGAUCUGGGAUCCUUGUGCUGCUGUCACUGCUGAUUGGAGGGCUUCUGAAGUGUCAGAAAUCCAAACGAGAUCCUGCUGUCCAGACUGUACCUCUCCACGCCACGGUGAAUAAGUCUAACCAGCCUCUAAACCCAGAGGAAGACACGCUGACCUACUCAGAAAUAAACACUGCCCUUCUCACCAAGAAGAAACCCAGAUCUGCACCUGAUGAAACCAAUGUAACAUAUGCAGCAGUUCAAACUCUGAAACGCUGAAAACCACUGGAAAAAAGGCUUGAAUGUUGUUUUGAAAAAGAUUCACUAAAUCUAAAUGGUCUUUCCCUUUUUUCUCAGUACUCUGCUUUCAUACCUACUUGAAUGAUCAUGAGUCAGUAGUCAUAAGCUACACAGGUAGUCCAUUAGUGUUAAUCUGGGUCUGUGGAAUCAGCCACAUGUCUGAGCUAGGGUCACUUCAGCAAUGCUCUGGAUGUAUGUAACUUCAUUGUUAUAACGUGCACAAUAUGUAUUUGUGUGGUUGUGUUGUCUAUUGUCUAUGAUCUCAACUCUCUUUUUUUUCAUAUGGGCAACCACAAACUGACAUGUUUUGUAUUGAUGGUCUUCUAUCAUUUCUGUUUUACCAUAUUAAGUCAAGGAAUUUAACCCCAAAACACAAUCCUGAAGUUGGGGGGCUCGACUAAUACACGAGCAAACAUCUAUUGUUAAACCCCCUUAUGUCAGAAAACCUUUAAUGUCUGCAAAAGUCAUGGCUGGUGUGUGGAUACUGAAAUCCCCAUCUGUACAUAGCAGGGUCCCUGUAGGUCCCAGGGGAGCCCCGUGGCAGGCCUGCAUUCAGUGCUGGAGGCAAGUUCACAUGCAGUACUUAUCCACGCACCAGCCCCACCACCACCGCCACCACCGCUUUACACUCCCAAUUUUACAUUUUCAAAAGAUGACAGGAAUGUAGUAAUAAUAAUAAUAAUAAUAAUAAUA